AUGCAAGCAACAAGCACAGCCAACAUUACUAUUCAACUCGGCAACAAUGCAAAGCCCAUCCACGUGCAACUCACCGAAGGACAAAACUUGAACGAUUGCGUCGCACAUUGCAUCAAAAAACAUGGCAUCCCCUCGUAUUUGUCGUCCAACAUCCUCUCAGUGCUCAUGACAGCUACAGCAGCAGCAACACCCGAUCGAACAACGUCCAAAAAGCCAACUGCUAGAUCAGAUUUCAUCAGUCGAUACCAGGACCAUACACUCCAAUACCACAACCAACCAGAACAAGAUAUCUUUCCACGUGCCUACCACACUCUUGUGCAUUGUCCAAUUGAAGCCUUGUACAAUACAUUAUUGGGUCUAGAACAAGAUUAUGCUAUGGUGAUUCAAGAAAGAUACAUGGCAUGUAGAAAGGAACAAGCUGAAAUUGAGGAAAGACACAAUCGUGAGAUUGAAGCUUCUGGAUCAUCACAAAUGAAUAUGACACAUUUAUUCGCACGUCAUGUGGAAGAUAUGGAGGUCUUUCAAGCAACAUGGGCAUCCGACAUCUUGCAGACACAACAAACUCAGCGUCAAGAAUAUCGCUCCUUCGUCAUUGAACUCUAUCAGGAAUACCAGCAAAGACUGGCCGCUCUAUCGGAUGAAAAGGAUCUCAAGCCGGAAGACGUGUUACUCGAAGCUGAGAAGAAUUUGGAUGGCAAAGACAUAGUCAGUGUGGCUGCUGAGCGUGUGCGUCAAACUUCAGUACGAAAGAGCGUUGACAGCCCUUUGAAUGAUCGAUCGCCUCAAGAUCAUCGCCGUCCUCGACAAGAUUCCUCUGCCAGUGCCAUGUCCCAUGUAUCAUCCACAUCCACAUCAGGCAAUGGCGAUCAUCAACAAUCACCUGCUUCCGAUGGCAAAGACAAGUUUCAAAGGAUGGUUCGGGAUAUUGAAGAAAUGGGAUUUACAAAGGAGCAAGCUGAGACGGCACUUGGAUUAACGAAUCAUAUCAUGGAGCAUGCAGUGACAUUGUUACUUGAAGAUCCAGCCAAGGUCAAUACAGCUAUGCAACACCAACAGCAGCAGGCCAAGCGACGUUCAUCUUCACUUAGUCAACAUGGAAAUGGAAAUGGUGCAACCACGUCGCCAGCUCAUUCACGUACGAGUUCGCUGAACGAUAUAGCAGUGACAGGAAGCCGUCGUCAAUCAUUACAACGAGGGAUGUCUCCGAAUAGUAGAAACAGUAAUGCAACCAACAAGGGAUGGAGCCCAAUUUCAUUCCUACAACAACAAAAGCAAGUCAUGGAGAAUACCAACCUAAGUUCCGUUCGUAAAUUGGGUGGAUGGCUCGGCAAGGCUAUGGAGAAUUUUAUGGAUAAUGAUGAAAGUGAUCCCCGAUUUGGAUCGUCGCACACAGGGACCAUUGCCAAUGCACAACAACCAGUCGAAUCCUUCACCAUCAGUCUCGGCCCUGCCCAAAUCAAAUCGACACACAAUCUUCGUUUACUCGUUGCUGAUGCUGGCUCAGACAUUUUCAAUCCCAUGCCCUAUGAUCCAACAAGGGAGAUGGCAUACAAGGCUCAGACAUCCACCAACCUCUAUACGAAUCAUUUGAGUGCCAUGGUCGUACUCGUGGAGCUUAGUGAAUUAAAUCGCAAUCGAGAUGAGCAAGGAACUUCACUUGGAUGGCGUCAAUAUAGAACAGGCAAAGGCAGUAAUAAGGCUCUCUUUGAAAGAUGCCAGCACUCGACUGAAUUCCACUUUCCUGACAUUGAAACCCAAUUAACUGUGAUUGAGCAAGACUACAACUCUCGACCUGAUUCAUUACAAGAGGGCAGUUUCUUUAUCACGCGUCAUUCAAAUUUACCAUCCACUCAAGUCAUUUUCCAUUUGGUGGUGGAUAGUGAAUCCAUACCAACGACCGAGAUUAGCAAGCAAAGCCCUCUCAUUAAGGGGUUAUUGAAGAUUAUGCGUAUUACGACACGCUAUGACAUUUCCAGUUUAUCGAUUCCGCUGCUGCUGUUGCCUGACAAGUUUAUUGAACAACCUGAGCAAUACUUUUCAACCGCAUUCCUUGAUCAGCCACAACAUCAUUUUGCAUGGUUACAGAAACGAGGCGAGGUGGCUAUGAAAUGUGUACGCGGCUUUUUAUAUGAGCAUUCUGGAAAUAGCAGCAACAAACGAGUUCAAGAAGGUGUGGAUCGGGCUGAAACGGUGUUUGGAGGCGGGUUACACAAUGUUGAGUUUUUGUUGCCUGAUAGCCAUGCUGUUUAUGGUGGACAACGCUCGGACCCGAAUAGCACAGGCCACCACCACCACCCAACGACCACACCUAAUACGACGACGAGUGGCAAUAGUGGUGGGACUACAGCUACUACCUCUUCCUCAAUCAACGCGAGUCAUGGUGGUUCAUCCUCAUUUGAUGUCGAGUUCGCAUUCCAGAAAUUCCGGAUACUACUGGUUAGCAUCUUUCAAACAUGUUGA